AUGCCACAAAACGAAUAUAUUGAGCAGCAUAUCAAGCAGCACGGUCGUAGGUUGGAUCAUGCCGAGCGUCUGCGUAAGAGGGAGGCCAGAGAGGUCCACAAGGUUGCUCAGCGAGCUCAGAAACUGACCGGUUGGAAGGGUAAGCAGUUUGCCAAGAAGAGGUACGCCGAGAAGGUUGCCAUGAGAAAGAAGAUCAAGGCUCACGAGCAAUCGAAGGUCAAAGGUGCAUCAAAGCCUUUGGACGAGAAUGGAGACGCUUUACCUACUUAUCUGUUGGACAGAGAACAGACCAACACUGCCAAGGCGAUUUCGACUUCGAUUAAGCAAAAGAGACUGGAAAAAGCUGACAAGUUCUCUGUUCCAUUGCCAAAGGUCCGUGGCAUCAGUGAGGAAGAGAUGUUUAAGGUUGUGAAGACCGGUAAGGCCAAGACCAAGUCUUGGAAGAGAAUGAUCACUAAACACACCUUUGUUGGAGAGGGUUUCACAAGAAGACCAGUCAAGAUGGAAAGAAUCAUCAGACCAAGUGCUCUGAGACAAAGAAAAGCAAACGUCACCCAUCCAGAACUGGGAGUCACCGUCUUCCUACCUAUCUUGGCCGUCAAGAAGAAUCCACAAUCCCCAAUGUACACACAACUUGGUGUCCUGACAAAAGGUACCAUUAUAGAAGUAAACGUAUCAGAACUAGGUAUGGUCACAUCCGGUGGUAAGGUAGUAUGGGGUAAAUACGCACAAAUCACUAACGAACCAGAUAGAGAUGGGUGUGUGAACGCUGUGUUAUUGGUAUAA